UCCGCCCGCCUUCCCUUGUCACGCGACCGCCUCCACGUCCCGCCCUUCCUUCUACCUACGGGCCGGCUUGGCUAGUGAUGAGAUAUUUGGAUCUCAGCUGUGGAAGCGGUGACGGCAACUGCGAUCACGUCCGCGAGCGCAACCAUGGCCGAGUACCAAGCCCAGAAUAAACCCAAGCUCAUCGCUGACGUCCGACGGAGGUUCGAAGCUGAGUAUGUGGCAGAUAAGUCAGAUAAAUAUGAUCCACGUGAUGUUGAAAGACUGCAACAAGAUGAUAACUGGGUGGAAAGUUACUUAUGUUGGAGGCAUAAUAUUGUAGAUGAAACACUGAAGAUGCUUGAUGAGAGUUUUCAGUGGAGGAAAGAGAUGUCUGUCAAUGACCUGACGGAAGCCUCCAUUCCCAGGUGGUUGUUGGAAAUUGGUGGUAUUUAUCUCCACGGUUAUGACAAAGAAGGCAACAAGUUGUUCUGGAUCCGGGUGAAGUAUCAUAUAAAAGACCAUAAGACCAUACUGGACAAAAAGAAGCUCAUUGCAUUCUGGUUGGAACGAUAUGCAAAGAGAGAAAAUGGGAAGCCUGUAACAGUGAUGUUUGACCUGUCAGAAACUGGAAUAAAUAGCAUAGACAUGGACUUUGUACGCUUUAUCAUCAACUGCUUUAAGGUUUAUUACCCUAAAUACCUCUCAAAAAUGGUGAUUUUUGAUAUGCCUUGGAUCAUGAAUGCUGCUUUCAAAAUUGUGAAAUCCUGGCUUGGUCCAGAAGCAGUGAGUUUGUUGAAGUUUACAACGAAAAAUGAUGUCCAAGACUAUGUCAGUGUAGAAUACCUGCCUCCCCACAUGGGCGGAAGUGAUCCUUUCAAGUAUAGCUAUCCACCACUAGUAGAUGAUGACUUCCAGACACCCUUGUGUGAAAAUGGACCCAUUGCCAGCGAGGAUGAAGCUUCGAGUAAAGAAGAUCUAGAAAGUGAUGGCAAAGAAUCCUUAGAAACAGUUUCUAAUGAGGAACAAGCAGCUUUUCUUAAAAAGAGUAAUGUAACCGAACCUACUUCCAAAGCAGAGGAGAGUGAAAAAGUUGAUUCCAAAAUGAGAGCUUUCAAGAAACCACUGAGUGUAUUUAAAGGGCCCUUAUUACACAUCAGCCCAGCAGAAGAACUGUAUUUUGGAAGUACAGAAUCUGGAGAAAAGAAAGCUUUAAUAGUGUUGACAAAUGUAACUAAAAACAUAGUGGCAUUUAAGGUGAGAACAACUGCUCCAGAAAAAUACAGAGUCAAGCCAAGCAACAGCAGCUGUGAUCCUGGUGCAUCAGUUGAUAUAGUUGUGUCUCCCCACGGGGGUUUAACAGUCUCUGCCCAAGAUCGUUUUCUGAUAAUGGCUGCAGAAAUGGAACAGUCAUCUGGCACAGGCCAAACAGAAUUGACUCAGUUCUGGAAAGAAGUUCCCAGAAACAAAGUGAUGGAGCACAGGUUAAGAUGCCAUAUUGUUGAGAGCAGUAAGCCAACCACUCUCACAUUAAAAGACCAUGCUUUUAACAUGUCAGAUAAAACCAAUGAAGAUCUAUUUCUACAACUCAAUCGUUUACUAGAAAGCAAUAGGAAGCUUGAAGACCAAGUUCAGCGUUGUGUCUGGUUCCAGCAGCUGCUGCUUUCCUUAACAGUGCUCUCGCUUGCUUUUGUCAUCUCUUUCUUCUAUUUGCUGUACAGUUAAAGAAGUGGUGCUCGGUAGGCAACAUGGCUCUUCCGUUCAUUAGUUGGAAAAAAGUAAGACCUAGAGAUUGUCCACCACGCUGAGAGUGUCACACAGCUGUGCUUCCUCCAAGGACAUGCACGACAUUGAGGGGGAGACUGAAACACGUCUUGAAAAUAAACUGUUAAAAUAAGGAAACACUGAAGAAAUUGAUUACCAGAGACUAUAGGUAGUUAGUAAAUUAAGUAAAGGCAUAUCCAUUGUGUGAAUUAAUAGCUUAGAGAUAAUUUAUUUUUCCCUUUUGAUUUGAAUACUCUGAAAGCUUGUUUUAUCAUGUAUAUAUAUGUUAGCCAAAAGGAGAAAGUAUAAGGAACAUGCUUUGUUGCAGCCAAAAAAUGUAAUCUGCUUUUUUUUUUUUUUUGGACAGAAAUAUUACAGCUGAGCCAACUUAUUAGCUUUUCUAUACUAUGUAUAUAGAAGAACCUGUAUAUUAAAAAAACAUAAAGAGUAAUUUCUGUAACCAUGACUUUGUAAUUUUGAGAACUACUAACAGAUGCUAAUCAAUGUUCUUUUGGAAUGUAAAACCACUUAAUGCCAAACCACCUUUAGCCUUUGUUUCUUAUCUGUCUUCCUUAAAGGCCUGCCUGCCUUUUAUUCAUCUCAGACUUUUUAAUGAAUACUCUCAUUUAGGUGGGGAUUUUGGAAACUAAAUUCUCAAGUAAGGUCCAAAAGGAGAACCGACCGCUCUAGUCCCACUUUCCAGUCCUUUUUCCAUGGAUUCACGUUGCUCUCUAUGGCUGGACAUGAACCCUCUUGCUUCAUUUAUUAUAAAGGCCUGAUCCCCUCCACUGGACCAUCUUUACCCGCUUUUCUAAAUGAAAAUGAGUUAAAGUCGUUUUGAAAAGUAAGUUUUUGAGAUGCAUAGCAGUAUAAUUUGUUUACAUUUUCGUUCCUGGUUAAAAUCAGCCUUGAGAAGGGAACUUGACCAAAGACUGGACAAAAAAAAAUCGAAACCCAAGUGUCGGUUCUCCAUUUAAGAGUGAAAAAUAUAGGUCAGAGAUUGACUGUAAAACCUUCAGACCAGGGCUAAUUUGACUUGCUUGAUAUUCUGCCUUUGUCACAGCAAUACUGAGGGCGGUUCCUCAAUUCCUACAAUGAUACGGCUCACAGGAGCAGAGGCUAAUGAAAGUCGUUUGUUUUCUCACCUCUAUCCCCAUUUUCAGUCCUUGUUGAUUCACAUGUAAAUCUACUUUAUAUGAAAGAAAAAAAAAAUAGUCUGCCUGUAAAAUAAAUGGUGAGAUUUGAUUGAGCCAUGUUUGGAGAAUGUUUUAUUCUGAGGCGUAGUGUUGGCAGCUCUCAUCUUGAGAAGGUGAUGAUUCCAAAAUGGCGCUGUGAAGAAGGAAAUGAUAGUCCUUUCACAAGUGGCCUAGGAAAUAAAACCUUAAAUGGACACUGGUCUGAUACUUUGUCUUAAUUUGGGUUUUUCUGUUUCAGUUUGCCAACUCCAGACGUGACACUGACUGCAGCCCACCCUAAGUACUGUCUGUAGUAUCUCCCUAUGUGUGCGUACAGCAGUUUCCCCUUAUAUGGUAGAUUCCUGGCUUUAUUAUAGUCUAAUCCCCAUAGUAUUUAUGUGUUGCUUUGUUCUUUGGCAAUUAAAUGAGGAAAUAAUUGGUCAAAACUGGAAAUGUAUUGUCCUAACGGUGUCCCUUUAAUGUUUCACAUGAAAAUGUUAUCGCCUCACUAAAAUGUUUUUCUCCAGUGUCUGGCCAGUUGAAAUUAAUAACUUAACAUUUGUGUGUCUAUUAAAUGUGACUAAGCAAAAUUUACUGAAAAUUAACUAUAAAAUCAAAGGUAUCUAAACUUUUGUACUUGUCUUGAUUAAUCACGAAUAUUUACAUUUGAUUUUAUUCUGUCUUCAUUUGAUUUGAUUUUAUCACAUUUGUAUGAUUAUUUUGAGGACUCUAUAAUUAAUGAUUUUAUUUUUAAAUGUCAUUACCUGUUCAUGACCAAAUUACCAAGGACCAACAUUUAGAUUUAGAUUGUUUUCACUUGGAAAUUGAAAGGCAUAGAGUUUCCAUGAAAACAUUAAUGAAAUAAUCAUUAUAGGCAAGUAGCCUAAAAAUGCAAUUGCUGGUAAACCUUGCCUCAAAUUUCAUAAUAUACCAUAACUGUUUUUAUAUCUUGCCACUAAUUUUGACUGGAUUUAAUAGCACUUUAUUGUACAAUUACAAAAAAAAAAUAUAUUCCUAGAAUUGUUGCCAGUGUAAUUUCUCUAAUGUUCUGGUGCUUUUCAUAUAUUUUCAGUAUUUUUAUUACUAUAUUGGUAUUUUCUUUGUAUAAAUUGAUCAAAAGAACAUGUUUUCUAUUUUAAUAUGUUUUAGAAAAAUAAUUACAUUUAUGCAAUAAAUAUCAUCA